ACAUAGCUCAUCACGCGGCCCGCUUACCGAUCGUUAUUUCUUGUGCUUAUUUGUGAUUGAUGUUACCCUUUUUGUGCGAGUUAUCGUUUGCCUAUCGAAAGGAUAUCGAUUCACAAAGGAAUAUGCCAUACAUAUCGCAAAAAUCGGAAAGAGCAUAGAACCGGCUUAAGGUUUAAGCCUUAAUGUUACGUGACGAGAGAGUGUGUGUGUGUGUGUGUGUGUGUGUGUGUGUGUGAUGUGUGUGUGCUAAGAGCCAUGUAAAUACAAAAGGCAAAUAUAUGUACCACGCAACGAUACAUACAGUGUAGAGCGCACUUACGCUUGCACAAUGAUCAUAGAACCUUUCAAUUGAAGUGUUAAAAUUGACCACUUAACAUCGCUUUAAGGUUAUACGUUUAGACGUUUAUACGCUUCCUAAGUGUGCUGAGAAAAAUCCACUCUCUAUGUACAAAUAUAAAUAAAAUAUAACAAUAGAAAACUAGCAGUAGCAGCAGGUGCUUCCCUUAGCACGGGAACAUCACCUGCAAAGUUUUGUGGAAAUUCGUGUAAAUUCCCUCAAGAGAUGAAACGCUUUCCAAGGCUAACCAAGCCAAAUGCCAGGCGACAGGUGUUCCAGUCAAUGUCCGUGUCCGUGUCCGUGUUGGGUGUUUGUGUUAGACAAUGAAUUUCUUUGGCCAUGACUAUCUGAGCGGAUUUCGACGCAUCGAUCGCAUUGGUACCACCUAUCGGCCACCGGUCUGGGCCGAGCAGGAGUCGUACCAUCUCAAGGAGGCGCUUCUAUGGAACAGGCGUAAGGGAUCCAGAGUUAGUACCAUAAAUGACUGGCUUCAAAUACAAAUCGGUGGCCCCGAGGAUGUCAAGAAGAAAAAGGCCAAGGGCCAGAAUCGCAUCAAAUCCACAAAAUACACCCUGAUCACAUUCCUGCCACAGAAUCUGUUGGAGCAAUUCCGGCGGAUAGCCAACUUUUACUUUCUGGUGAUGACCAUAAUAUCCCUAUUGAUAGAUAGUCCCGUUUCCCCCAUGACCUCCCUGCUGCCCCUGGUCUUUGUGAUCGCUGUGACCGCCGCCAAGCAGGGCUAUGAAGAUGUUCUUCGUUACAGAACGGACAACGUGGUCAAUGCCUCACCUGUCACAGUCAUCAGGGAUGGCAAGGAGGCCAUCAUCAAGUCCGAGGACGUGGGUCCCGGUGAUCUCGUCGUGGUCGAACGGGACUGUGAUGUACCCUGCGAUUUGGUUUUGCUGCGCUCCACGGACCCACAUGGCAAGUGCUUUAUAACCACCGCCAAUCUGGAUGGUGAGUCCAAUCUGAAGACCCUGCUGGUGCCAAGAGAUCUGCCCACUGUGGAUUUGUCCGAGAUGCACAAGCUGGGCAUGAUCGAGUGCGAGAGUCCCACCACAGAUCUGUAUAGCUUCAAUGGCAAAAUCGAGCUGAAGGGCAGCGAGGGGCGGGUGCUUCCCCUGUCCGCCGAGAAUGUCCUGCUGCGCGGCUCCAGGGUGAAGAACACCGAGUGCGUCAUUGGCUGUGCCGUGUACACCGGUAUGAUCACCAAGCUGCAGCUGAACAGUAGGCUGACCAGGAACAAGAAUGCCUCCAGUGAGACGUACAUCAAUCGGUUUUUGAUUGUCAUACUGGUGGCCUUGAUAGCUAUCGUCACACUGCUGUACUUCCUCAAGCGCUACAACGAGCUCUUUGUGAUACCCAAGCUGACCUACCUGGGCGAUGCCACCGAUAGCUAUAGUGUGAAGCAGUUCCUGCAGGAUUAUUUGUCUUUCCUUAUUCUCUUCAACUACCUUAUACCCAUCUCCUUGUACGUCACCAUUGAGCUGCAGCGCGUCAUUGGCAGCCUGUUCAUGGAGUGGGACCAGGAGCUGUACGAGAGCGAGACCGAUCAGCCGUGCGUGGUGAACACCUCGAACCUCAACGAGGAGCUGGGCCAGAUCAACAUUCUCUUCUCGGACAAAACGGGAACCCUGACCAAGAACGAGAUGAACUUCCAGCAGUGCUCGAUAGGCGGCAGCAAGUUCCUGUUCAAGAAGACGCGGCUAGAGGAUGAGGAGACCAAGGCCCUCCUGGACAUUAACAAGUUUAAUGCAAACCAGCGCAUCUUCUUCCAGGCCUUGAGCAUCUGUCACACUGUCCAGGUGGCUUCUGGGUCUUUGGAGCAGGCCGAUGCCAGCAACAGCCAAAAGGAGCCAACGGCUGGUACAGCUGCAGUGGCCAACAAGACAGGUCCGCCCGAGAUGUACUCCAUUUCGGACAUCACCGAGGAGAGCCACAAUUCUAGUCAGCAGAGCGAGCUCAAUGUGAGCCACACCAUCGAGAAUUCGGUGUCGUCGCAUCCCAACAAUGGCAACUUCACGGUUACCUCCUCGGAUGUCAAUCCCUUGCUGGUCUCCGACGAUGGCUAUGGCGUGGAGCGUCGCAAGCGUCCAGUGGUGGUCAAACGGAGUCCGAACUUUGCCCGGGCCAACCGUGUUCACAUUGCUGGCGAUUCGCCAGCGAGUCCAACUGAUCAGAAUGGUGGUGGUGCCACUGGUAAUGGGAUCAGUAAACAACCCAAUAUGCGUCCCAUUUCCUUGCAAUUCCAACGUUCUACCUCGGAGCGAGAUCUGCCGCAGUUUGGAGAGGCCAACACGGGUCCGGUUUUGGGCCAUCGUAGGGCCCAUUCCUACGGAGCGCCCAAUGCGUAUCUCUCCAAUCCUCUAGGAGCUCCUAGUAGUCCGCCUGCUGGGGUACUCUUCCGCUCACCCAGCACCGCCUCCCGGGAGUCCUAUGCGGCGCCCACCUUCACCCGCCAGCCCACCAUGCUGGUAAGAGCCGAGUCGCAGCGAAGGAAGAACGAGAUCCGUGACUUUAUAUUUACCCUAGACUACCAGGCCUCCAGUCCGGAUGAGAAGGCCUUGGUGGAGGCCUGUGCCAAUCUGGGCAUGGUCUAUACCGGCGACGAUGAUGAGGUGCUCCGUGUGCGCAUUGUGCCGCCGCACAUGGACUACAAGCGUCCGUUUACCAGUGCCAAGCCCAAAGAGGAAACCUUCCAGCGUCUCCAUGUCCUUGAGUUCACCUCGGAUCGCAAGCGCAUGAGUGUGAUUGUCAAGGAUGCGGAGGGGAGGAGAUGGAUCUACACAAAAGGAGCCGAAAGCUAUGUGUUUCCUUUGUGCGCGAAUAGCUCGGCGGAUCUGGUGACCAAGACAGAUGCUCACAUCAGUGACUUUGCUCGCCUUGGUCUGAGGACACUGGCCAUAGCCAGGCGGCAGAUAGCGGAUGCAGAGUACCAGGACUUCCUCACAGAGCUGGCCCAGGCCAAUAGCUCGCUGGAGAACCGGAAGCAACUCAGUGAGGAGUGCUAUGCCAAGAUCGAAAGCAAUCUUGACCUCUUGGGCGCCACAGCUGUGGAGGAUGCCCUGCAGGAUGAUGUGGCCGAUACCCUGGUCUCGCUGCAGGCGGCGGGCAUUAAAAUCUGGGUUCUCACCGGCGACAAGGUGGAGACUGCCCUGAACAUAGCUCUGUCCUGUGGCCACAUACCGCCCGAUGCCAAGAAGUACUUCAUCAUUGACUGCAAAAACCGGGAGGAGAUGCUGCUACAUCUGAAUGCCUUGGACAGGGAGAUUAUAUUUGGUAUUGGCCAGGAGUGUGCUCUGCUCAUAGAUGGCAAAAGCCUGGGCGUGGCCCUGGCCGAGGUCAGCUCCGAGUUCCGGGAUGUGGCCGUCAAGUGCACGGCUGUGCUGUGUUGCCGUCUUAGUCCGCUGCAGAAGAGCGAGGUGGUGUCGCUGAUCAAGUCCUCCAAUGAGAACUAUAAUACGGCCUCCAUAGGAGAUGGAGCCAACGACGUGUCCAUGAUCCAGGAGGCGCAUGUGGGCAUUGGUAUAAUGGGUAGGGAGGGUAGACAGGCGGCACGCUGUGCGGACUUUGCCUUUGCCAAGUUCUGUAUGCUGAAGCGGUUGCUCCUGGUCCAUGGUCACUAUCAUAGCGUCCGGCUGUGCCUGCUGGUGCUGUACUUUUUCUACAAGAACAUUGUCUUUAUGGGGAUUAUGUUCCUGUUCCAGUUCCACACGUUAUUCUCCUCCUCCUCCGUUUACGACUCGCUAUUCCUCACCUUGUACAAUGUGAUAUAUACCUCGCUGCCCAUCCUGUUCAUAGCCAUCACCGAGAAGCCCUACACCGAGGAGAAGCUGAUGCAAACCCCUCAGCUGUACAAGAAGAACACGGACAACAAGCAGCUCCACUGGCCAUUUUUCCUCAUGUGGAUGCUGUUUGCCAUUUAUCACUCGGUGAUCAUCUUCUACUUUGCCUUCUGCCUGUUCUCCUACAACAACGUGAUCCUGAACUAUGGCCAAACGGUGGCCUUUUCCUGCUUUGGCACCCUGCUCAUGUGGACCGUGGUGGUGGUGGUCAACCUCAAGCUCUGGCUGGAGUCCAUGUACCUCUCCUUCUGGUACAUCUUCACCAUAGUGAUUUCCAUUUUGGGCUUUGUGAUCACCACGGUUAUCUACAAUGUCAUCAACCUGGACUACGAUACCGACAUCUACUGGGCCUACAACAACCUGCUGGCCUCGCUGCCCGUCUGGCUGUGGCUUCUGCUGACCAGCGUGGCCUGCCUGGUGCCCGACUUCACCAUCCGGAUGCUGCAGAGGGCGCUCAACAUCAAGCACUUUAGUAUCUUUCCCGGCAAGCAGCGGAAGCUGAAGAUGCGCGAGAAGGCCGAGAAUACGUACUUGUAGAGACCCCUCUAGGCUAUAGUUUUUAUACCGCUAAUUUAUUUAUUUGCCUUAUUUGUGUACAUAUUUCUUUUUUUUA